UUGGCUGUUUAUUUGUUUCGAAAUCCUUUGAAGAACUUCAAAAUAAAAAGACGCGACGUAAAAUUGGUCCCACAAAACAAUCCCCACGAACGCCACGAUGGACGCCGUUUCCUCGAGCACCUCUAGCCUGCAGCAGAAUCGGCGUAAAUGUGCUGCCGCCGUGCGUCGUCAAAAGGUGCUGAACCGGAUCCGCAAGGUAAACAUCAAAAAUAAGGGAGCGAAAAGUUUCUACUAUUUUACGUAUGAAACGGCCACCGACGGGAAGCGGAACCAGCCGGCAGCGGCGACGUACUUUUUCAACGGUGAACCUUGCGAGGGGGACGAACAGUUUUUGAGGCAGAUGAAAAGGAGCGUCUUUGUAAGCAACAUUGCUCCCGGAAUAAAAAAGUCCGAAAUAAAGCAAUUAUUUGAUCGGUACGGCAAGAUUGGGGCAAUCCAGCUAAAGACCCGCUCCGGAGAGACGAUAGUUGGCAGGCAGCAUAUUUCCCCGUACUCUCCGGUAGUGGCCAUUGUCAAAUUUAGCAAAAAAGAGGAAGCGGUGAAGGCGUGUGAGGCGUCCCAAGAUGGCAAAUUCCCGGCGCGGUUGGUCGAGCAGACACUUCAGUAUGAUAAAGAAAACUGUAUCCGGGUUGACAACGUUGAACCGAAGGUCACAAAAGCCGAGCUGUGGGAGCACUUUAAAGCGUUUGGAGUUAUUCUGAACAUCUUGCUCGAGACAAACGAUGGUUCGCUCAUCCUAACGGACAAGGAGUACGAAAAGCAAAGCUAUAUCUGCUGCUACGUACGGUUCAGUCGCCGUAGUGAGGCCAAGGCCGUCAAAGAAAUGAAUGGAACUCUGUACCGAAAUCGCAAAAUGCGUAUAGAAUUGGCCUACCAGAAGCACUGCGAUCCCAACAAAAUGAGCAACAACGUGCUGCGAAUGUUUUUCCAAAACGUAGGCGACGUAAUUGCCCUGGACCAAAUACCACACCAGCACAUGGGAUACGUCUGCUACAAAAGCCCACUUCCGGUGGAGACGAUGAAACGGCUCAAUUCGCGAGUUUAUCGCAACAAACGCAUCACUUUUGAAAAAUUAGACAUUGGAAAUCUAGUCAAGGGCCAAAAGCAGAACAAAUCCGGCACCGGUGGUGGCCUAGACGAAAACGAUCCAACCGGAAACAUGGCCAGCAGCGGCGGCGUCAGCGCGGACAACAACACAUCCACCGCAUCGGCAACAACAACGGCGAAAAAGGCCAAGAUGAAGACAAUUCAGAAAAAGGUCGGUGGCAAUGCAGGUGGUGGCGGAAGUGGACCUUCGGUAGGUGCCGGAACAGGUCCGACCAUGAAAAAGAAAAUGCCCCGAAAGAAUGCGGCGGCGGGUGCGAAGGCAAAGGCCGUCGAGAAGAUGAUGAAGGCAUCGAGGGAGGAGUUUGCGUAAACAAUGAGCUGUAGUGUUAAGUUAUUUUUGGCAGAAUACAAGUAUUUUCUCAAAACA